UGUCAACCCACUGUUUCCUCUCUCUUACCUUCCCUCCUUUUUUUCUUAUAAAAUCACAUACACAUACUAUUCACCAUCUCACAACUUGAAUUCAGAAUUUUCUCUUGAUAUCUUCAAUUGUUGCAUACACCUGCUAACAUGCCUGAAAGCAAGAAAAUUGUUAUUAAAGUGGAUGUGCAUGACAAUAAAUGUAAAAGGAAGGCUUUAAAGGCAGUUUCUAGUCUUGAAGGGAUCGAAUCCUUAGCAAUGGACAUGAAAGACAGGAAACUAACAGUUAUCGGUGAGGUUGAUCCAGUAUGUAUUGUUGGUAAACUUAAAAAAUGGCACCCGGAGAUACUCACUGUGGGACCGCCGAAAGAUGAUAAGAAGAAGGAUGAUGAAAAGAAGAAGAAGGAAGAAGAAGAAGCUAUAAAAAUAUGGCAGGAAUAUAUCAGACUUUAUGGCUAUCCUUCCGGACCUUGCAUGCCACCACAAUACUGUGUUCGCGGUGUGGAUGAAUAUCCAAGUGGUUGUGUUAUUUGCUGAAUCUGCAAGAAAAGAUCCAUUGGAUAUAUGUAUAUGGGUUUGGGUUUAGAUUGGUGAUCAUUUCCAUAUUUCGUUAUGAAGGGUUUGUGUAUAGACAAACACAUAUUAUUCAAAGAAUAACAUUUGGAAAGUCAAGUGCAUUCUAUUUGUA